CUCAGGCCCUUCCGGAUGUUACUAAUGGGAAAGAAGAACAUGAGAGAUUUUAGCCGAGCUCUCAGGAGGGCGAGAUCUCAGGAGGCACAGGACGUGGUGCUCAAGCAAGACACGUGAAGAGCGGGAACCGCCUCCGGGGGUUUUGAAACGCCAUCACUGCAACGUCGACAGCUGCUCUAUAGGUACGCCCUGCAGUAGUCCCGACGUGUUCCGAUGUGUCCCCGACAUGCCUACUGCAAUAUCCCCGCUACUGCUCACUCUGCCAGCCGAAGACCACAGAACCAUUGGAGCGAAAUUAGGACCGCCGUAAUGCAAGCCAAUCGACCCGUCGACUGCGCAGUCAAACUUUCGAUGUCGAGCGCCACAGUACAAACAGCUGCGUCUACCCCAGCUCGAUGUGCUGCGUACCUGAGGUGGCUUGGAUUUCCAUCGUCUUCCGUGUUCCUCCCGAAGGUUGCACGAUCUCAGUUUCAAGAUCCGUACCAGAACAUUGGAGCCGCCCCAAUAAUAUCCUGCUCUGCGAGUGCACCAGCUAGUAAGGAGCUAUUGUUCAAGGAUACACAGUACACAAGCGUGACAGGACGAUUCUCGCGCAACGAUCCACCCUACCGGACCCAUGAUGAGCGGCGAUCCCCCUCGCAGAGUUUCCUUCGAGAUCCAGCGCCACGUUUUGACUAGUCUCAGUCGGUCAUAGUUCUUGCUCCCGCUCUGUCCCUGACCCAUCAUUACCAGAAAAGGCGGGGCAACUACUGUGUAGGGUAAAUUCUCAAACUAAACCCAUCCCUGCUGGCCGAAAAUGAGGUACCAUCCUCGGCUG